AUGGCUUCAAAGUUUUCAAUGCGUACUGGAUGCACAUUGAAACAAGCUCGAUGCCAAGUUUUUCGAGGUGCAUUGAGAAAACCACAGCCUAUUCGCUCCCUGUCAAUUUCCGCGCCUUGUUUGACGGCAUCAAGUGUUUCUGGAAGCUCCAAUGCCGAGCUGGAAUCGGCACAUAACUACUGUGUUGAACUCCUAAGAAAAUAUGAUCGACCGUCCUACACCCUCAGCACAUUUAUUCCUCGACACUCCACCAAGUUUUAUAUAGCCCUUCAUGCUCUAAACGUUUCUCUAUCGAUGAUACCCGAAACCACAUCUGCGCAUACAAUCGGCCUGAUGAGGUUGCAAUUCUGGAGAGAUGCCAUCACACGAACCCUUGCAGGAACUCCACCCAAGGAACCCAUUGCUAUUCUUCUGGCCUCGGCCCUCUCAGACCUUGAUACUAGGACCCAGGGGAGAGCGAAGAUAAGCAAAGGAUGGCUUAUGCGGCUGAUUAAUGCGCGGGAACAGCACCUGGCGCACACGUCAUAUCCUACUUUGGCCUCCUUAGAAUCUUAUGCUGAAAGCACAUAUUCUACACUUCUAUACCUAAAUCUCAGCGCGUUACCCCUUAAUUCAUUAACGGCAGAUCACCUAGCAUCCCACAUUGGUAAAGCAGUAGGAAUUACUGCUCUCCUCCGCGGCGUUCCGCUUGUUGCAUUUCCCCCGCCACCCAGUCAUCUUUCCAGCCAGACUCGGAUGAGCAACGAAGGGCCUGUGGCAGGUGACAGCAGACAAGGCUCCAUCAUGCUACCGCUUGAUAUUAUGGCACAAACAGGAGUAAAGGAGGAGGAUGUUUUCAGACUUGGCGCAGACGCUCCGGGGCUACGAGACGCCGUCUUCACAGUGGCAACCCGUGCUAGUGACCAUCUAAUCACCGCCAGGCAAAUGCUGAAAAAUUUACGAGCUGGCCAGGAUGUUGGACACGCCUUUGAACAUGAGGGCGAAGAGGGCCACGAAUACCAAGACGAUCAACAUACAAAGUCAACAAGCCUGAUCACCCAGCUGCAAGAAAUCGAGCGAGGGUUUGGCGUUUUUCUACCAGCUGUUUCCACGAACCUGUGGCUGAAUAAGUUACAAAAGCUGGACUUUGACAUAUUUAAACCGGAGCUUCUUUCUACGGAUUGGAGACUACCGUGGAAGGCUUACUGGGCGUAUCGACAGCGAGAGAUCUGA